CCACCGCAGUGAUUAGAGAUUUGCGACAUUAGAUAUCGUUUCCCUAAAUAUUCAACAGCUUCUAGGGUCUCUUUGCUGACGAAGACAAAAUGUCCAGCCAAAACGACGAGUCGGCAACGCAAGCAUUGCCUGACCGUACACAACAAAACCCCGCCGAGGAUAAGGGCGAAGAGGUCUCGAAAAACGCCGCAAAAAAAGCCGCGAAGGCUGCCAAACUAGCAGAGCAGAAAGCAGAUAAGGCGAAGAACAAGGGGAUUGGAAAAUCUGAAGCAAAAAUGCCCACAUCGAAAACCCCAAAGAAGAAGAUUGACGGCGCAGCUUUGAUUGGUAUCGAUGUCUCGAAAGAAGAGGACUUUCCUCACUGGUAUCAACAAGUCCUGACUAAGGGUGAUAUGCUGGAUUACUAUGAUGUUUCUGGUUGUUUCAUUUUGAAGCCCGCUUCUUACUUCGUCUGGGAAACCAUCCAGAAUUGGUUCAACGAUAAGAUCAAGAAGAUGGGCGUGAGGAAUUGUUCGUUCCCUCUUUUUGUCUCAGAAGAUGUUUUGCAGAGGGAAAAGGACCACAUUGAGGGUUUUGCUGCUGAGGUUGCUUGGGUUACACACGCAGGAUCCACCCCCCUCGAGCGAAAGAUUGCCAUCCGUCCCACAUCUGAAACCGUCAUGUACCCCUACUACGCAAAGUGGAUUCGAAGCCAUCGUGAUCUUCCCCUGAAACUGAACCAAUGGAACUCGGUCGUGCGUUGGGAGUUCAAACACCCUCAGCCUUUCUUGAGAACCCGAGAAUUUUUAUGGCAAGAAGGACACACUGCACAUCUGACUGAAGAGAGUGCUGCCGAAGAAGUGUUGCAAAUCCUGGACCACUACGCCCAUGUCUACGAGGAUCUUCUUGCCGUUCCUGUUGUUAGGGGUAAGAAAACAGAGAAGGAAAAGUUUGCCGGUGGAUAUUAUACCACUACUGUUGAAGGUUAUAUCCCUGCUACCGGUCGUGGUAUCCAAGGUGGUACAUCUCAUUGUUUGGGACAAAACUUCAGUAAGAUGUUCGGUAUUACUGUUGAAGACCCUAAUGCCAAGGGAGAAGAUAAGGGUGCUUCUUUGUACGUGUGGCAGAACUCCUGGGGUCUGUCUACAAGAACUAUUGGUGUCAUGGUCAUGAUUCACAGUGACAAUCGAGGUUUAGUCCUUCCUCCCCGCGUUGCAGAAAUCCAGACCAUCAUCGUUCCUGUGGGCAUCACCAAGAACACCACAGAUGAAGAACGGGCCCAGAUCUACAAAGACUGCAGCGAACUAGCUUCCAAACUUGCUGCUGUCGGUGUCCGAACAGAGACCGAUCUUCGGGAUGGAUACUCUCCCGGCUACAAGUUCAACGACUGGGAACUCCGCGGCGUUCCUCUCCGUCUAGAAUUUGGCCCAGGUGAAGCUAAGGGUGGUUUCAUCACUGCUUCCCGUCGUGAUAUCCCCGGCAAAGACGGCAAGACGACCAUUCCCCUCAACUCACUUACCACAGCGGUUCCUGAAUUAUUGGACACUAUCCACAACGACCUAUACAAGCGAGCAGAUGAUCAGUUCCGCGAGCACCGCAAACAGAUCACCAAAUGGGACGACUUCACCCCUCUUCUCAAUCAAAAGAAUGUCCUCCUUAUCCCUCACUGUCUAACAGAGGAGUGCGAGGAUCAGAUCAAGGAGUUGAGUGCUCGCAAGGCAGAGGAAGACAGCGGGGUCGCUCAAGAUGCUCGCGCACCUAGUAUGGGAGCGAAAUCAUUGUGCAUUCCCUUCGAACAGCCCGAAGGUAUUGAGCAUGGAGUUACAAAGUGCUUGAAUCCUCAAUGUACCAGAUUGGCGGAAAAAUGGUGCAUGUUUGGCCGCUCUUAUUAAGCAGCAUGAUAUUCAGUGAGGAGAAAACCAGAGUCUGUCAAUGGCUAAGCCGUUUCUUUUCACGGGUAUUUGCAAUCAUACCCGGCCAUGAUAGGGUUACGAACGUAUAUGUGUCUGGGCAUUUUCUUUUCCUUACCUUACCCUUCUAUCCCUGGAGACGAAUUGAACUAGGAGGGAGCAUGAUUAGGCGUAGUGAGCAUGGUUGGUUGUGAGUCAGGUAACAGUUUCUCGUUCAAUAGUACCCACAGAAUAAAUCCGGUCUACGUUGCCUAGGUAUCAUCAUGACCGUCUGUGUCCAGCACUCGUCAGUUGGCAUUGAAUCUAUUCUAGGCAUUGUAGAAUGAAUCCAUCACAUCUAAUACAAU